GCCUUUUUCUCUUUUUCUUUUUUCCACUCUCUUUAUAAACACCGCACCCCACACUUUCACCACACUUCGUUUCUCUUUCAACUCCCACGUUUUCAGUUGCUCUUUCUCUCUCUCAGAAUGGACAAAGCCCAAACCGAACCCUGGCGACCCGACCCGUUUCACUCCGGCAUUUUCCGGCCGCCGGAGACGCCGCGCGAGCCCAUGGAGUUCCUCUCCCGUUCCUGGAGCGUCUCCGCUCACGAAGUCUCCAAAGCUCUCUCUCCGGCGCUCUCUAAAGUCACCCUCUCCAAUGGCACCGCUGCCGUCGUCGCCAUACCGGAAGACAUCGCAGGCGAAGCAGAAGAAUCCUCCGCCACCGUCUCCGGGAACCCCUUUUCCUUCGCCUCCUCCGAAACCUCCCAAAUGGUCAUGGAACGAAUCAUGUCACAAUCCCAGGAGGUAUCUCCACGAACCUCAGGGAGACUCUCUCAUAGCAGUGGCCCUCUUAACGGAACCCAAAGUUGUGGCUCCUUAACCGAUAGUCCUCCUGUUUCUCCUUCUGAAAUCGACGAUAUCAAGUACACCCGCGCCAACAACAUCGCCAGCAGUUUAAGUCUUAAUUUCAGAACCACCGCGACCGCCGCCGCGCCUGGCGGCGGGAAGACGGUGGGGAGGUGGCUCAAGGACAGGAAGGAGAAGAAGAAAGAGGAGACCAGGGCGCACAAUGCUCAGCUCCACGCGGCGGUGUCGGUGGCCGGAGUUGCUGCGGCGAUAGCCGCGAUUGCUGCAGCCACCGCCGCCACGUCCGGGGCUGGUAAGGAUGAGCAGAUGGCGAAGACCGACAUGGCGGUGGCGUCGGCAGCGACGCUGGUGGCGGCGCAGUGCGUGGAGGCGGCGGAGGCUUUGGGGGCGGAGCGUGAGCACCUUGCGUCGGUGGUUAGCUCCUCCGUGAAUGUGAGAUCCGCCGGUGACAUUAUGACUCUGACUGCUGCGGCUGCCACAGCUUUGCGUGGGGCUGCGACAUUGAAAGCGAGGGCCCUGAAGGAAGUGUGGAAUAUUGCAGCAGUGAUUCCUGUGGAGAAAAAUUUGGCAGUAGCUGGUGGACAUAAUAACAACAAUAACGCAAGUAAUGGAAAUUCUAAGAGUAGCUUCAGCGGUGAACUUGUCCCUGAAGAAAAUUUCUUGGGUAUAUGCAGUAGAGAAUUAUUAGCCAGAGGUUGUGAACUCCUCAAACGCACACGCAAAGGUGAUCUUCAUUGGAAGGUUGUAUCUGUGUAUGUAAACAGGAUGAAUCAGGUUAUAUUGAAAAUGAAGAGCAGGCACGUUGCUGGGACCAUCACAAAAAAGAAAAAGAAUGUGGUGCUUGAAGUGAUCAAAGAUGUACCUGCUUGGCCUGGUCGCCACUUGCUUGAAGGUGGUGAGGAUCGCCGCUACUUUGGGUUGAAAACAGUGAUGCGUGGUCUUGUGGAAUUUGAGUGCAGAAAUCAGAGAGAAUAUGAUGUGUGGACUCAAGGUGUUUCAAGGCUUCUCUCUAUUGCCGCAGAAAAGAACAACAAAAACAGAAUUUGAGCCUUUUGUUUUGGGAAUGUGUAAGGAGGGAGAAGAAAUUUUGGCAAUGGGGGAAUAGGAGGAUCAAUCAAGGUGGUGUUAGUAGCAUUAUAGAUGUUUUGUACAUUGUAAAAAGGUUAAAAAAACUAAAGGCAAAGUUAAUGCCAUAUGGGGUCUCACACUUUACUCUUGGGGAUCUGGAUGGUGUUUUUUUUUUGAAUGAGAAAGCGAAACAUUUGAACUGAAGUGUGAGCCCAUAGUGAACCAAUUGACCUUUUGUUCCUUCAUUAUUCUGGAAAGAAAAUGAGUAUCUUGGACUUGGGGGGGAGUGGUAGUCAAAAAGAAGUGGAAAGAAUCAUAUUGGAGGGAAAGUAUAAUCUUUAAGGACAAAUAUACUCUUGUUUGAUCUUUCCUUGUUUGUACAUAUGGGUUUGGACUUUAUGAAAAAAGUGGUCAAAAGUCUAGAUUUUCAUGUGAUUAUUACAAUAAAAAAUUUCUGGGCGUAGGCUCUUGGAUUGGAUCUAUGGAAAAAUUCUUUCCAACUAA